AGCUAUAAAACUAAACACACACAAAAGCAUCAAGAAAGAAACAUGUCUGGGGUUUGGGUUUUCAAGAACGGCGUAAUUCGAUUGAUCGAAAACCCUCAAGCGGAUUCCGAUGGAAGGCUAGGGAACUCAAGGCGAUCGAAGGUUUUAAUACACUUACCGACAGGUCAGCCCGUGACAUCUUACUCUUCGCUAGAGAAUAUCCUAACAUCAUUGGGAUGGGAAAGGUACUAUGGAGGUGACCCAGAGCUUUUCCAGUUUCAUAAACGUUCUUCUAUUGACCUAAUUUCUCUCCCUAGAGAUUUUGCCAAGUUCAACUCCAUUCAUAUGUAUGACAUAGUCAUUAAAAAUCCAAAUCUCUUCCAUGUCCGAGAUAUGUGAGUUUCACUCUGCCUUCAUGUCUUAUAAUAUUUGUCUCAUUAAUUCAAGUCUUUGUUGUGCAUUUUAUUACCAUCGAUCUUUGUAACAAAAUGGCUGCUCCACUAGGCUAGGUUAUUAGAGUUUCCGUGUGAACAUGUGUGUUAUUGUAAUAACUUCAUCGGAUUAAUGUGUUUGUAUCAUAUAUAUCAAUAAAAAGAAUGGUAUGUUUCUUUUUUUGGCUUCAAA